AUGUAUAAAAUACCAAAUAAUGGACCACAAUUUCAAUACGAUGGAUUUCUUUUCAAAUUGGAUUACAAUGAGCCAUCGGAACAAGCCAAAAAGGUGGCCAAAGAAGAGCUAAAUGAAACGCCAGAAAAUGUUGAAAAAGGAAUUAAAGGAUUACGUACAUUGCUGAAAGCUGAAACCAAUCUCCGCUGCCCCUUGGAUAAUGAUUUGUGGCUAAUGAGUUUCCUGAGACUGGCACGUUUUGAGCCCGAAGCAGCCUUGGAAAAGAUAAAAAAAUAUUAUAAUUAUCGCCGUAAAUUUCCGGAUAUGUGUAAGGAUUUAAAAUUGUCCACCAUUAGGGAGUCGCUGUGCGGCAACAAUGGUUCCAUGUAUCCAAAGCGAGAUCAGUUCGGACGGCGUCUGUACAUAAUUUUGCAGGGGAAAUAUUGGCUUCAGGAAAAAUUCAACAAAGAAAAUUUGGUGCAAGCCUUUAUCCUUCAGAUGGAAUACUUCCGUUGCGAACAGGAAACUCAAAUUAACGGCAUUGUCAUACUUCUCGAUGUUGAGGGUCUAACGCUGUCCCAGGUCCUAUUGUUUACACCCGCGAUUGCCAUUCGUAUAAUUCAAUAUCUUCAGGAUGGCAUGGGUGUACGUUUGCGGGGCUAUCAUAUUAUAAAUAAUCCGAAAAUAUUCGAUAUCGUGUAUGCGAUUACAAAACCAUUUAUCAAUCCGAAUAUGUACGAUAUUGUGCAUUUUCAUGGUACGGAUAUUCCAGCAUUACAUCGUUACAUAUCAACGGAAUGUUUGCCCGAAUGCUAUGGUGGAACUUUGAAAUCGUCGCAACGAUCGUUUGGCGAACAGUGGAUUCAGAUAUUUGAGAAAUAUGAAAAUGAUUAUGAGCAGUAUCAGGAGUAUGGUUAUAAAUAA